UCGGGUUACAACAAACUCUUGUAAACGAUCUCACAGCAGCUGAGACAAGGAAACACUCUUUCAAUAAUUUACACAUCUGUGCCUGAUACACCGCUACAGAACAAAAACGGAGUUACGAGAGGAGGAAGGGUUUUUUUUUUAUCGAGGAGAUCCAACAAAACAAGCUAACAAACAACAAAACAUGCUGUGAAGAGACUUUUCCCUGCGCUGCCAGGAUGAAGACUUGAGAGAUUUUGUUCAGAUUAACUUGUCAUCUUGUUGACUGACCACUCUUGUGUCCCACUGAGCUGAAAGAGGAAGACUUGACCAUGGACUCUUUCAGCACCAAGAGCUUAGCCCUGCAGGCGCAGAAGAAGCUGAUGAGCAAGAUGGCAACCAAGAGCGUGGCCAACCUUUUCAUCGACGACACCAGCAGCGAGGUGCUGGACGAGCUGUACCGCGUCACCAAGGAGUACACCCGCAACCGUAAAGAGUCCCAGAAGAUCAUCAAGAACUUGAUCAAGAUGGUGGUGAAGCUGGGAGUGCUCUAUAGAAACAACCAGUUCAACAGCGAGGAGCUGAUCCUGGUGGAGAAUUUCAGGAAGAAAGUCCACACUCUGGCCAUGACGGCAGUCAGUUUCCACCAGAUCGAGUUCACCUUUGACCGCCGCGUCAUGAGCGCCAUUUUGAAUGAGUGUCGUGAACUGCUACACCAGGCCAUCAAACGCCACCUGACAGCCAAGAGCCACUCGAGAGUCAACCACGUCUUCAAUCAUUUCGCCGACUGUGACUUCCUGGCCACUCUCUACGGGCCCUCGGAGGUUUAUCGCGCUCACCUGCAGAGGAUCUGUAACGGUGUCAACAAGAUGCUCGACGACGGGAACCUCUGACCUCUGUUUGCCUCGCCAUCAGGCGCCUUUACCUCUAGUCACCCUUCUUAUACCAUCUUGUAGGUUUUAUUCUUUUAAGGUGACAAUCAUGAACAUUUUAUUUUUAAUUUGUUGGUUUGUGUUUGUGUGUGCCUUUCAGAUAUAUUACUGUAACACUGAAAUUCUCUUGGCUAGUUAGUCCAAAGUCUUUUUCUUCUCCAGCCUGACUUUCUGUUAUUUCACAGGAAAACAAAACCCAGCAGAUGCUCUUUUUUUAAUGAAUGUAAAACUCCAUGCUCUAAUCAGUAUAUGCAGGGGUUUGAGUCUUGACAACUGUGCCUUGGAAAAAAAGACAACAACAAAAAAAGAUUUUCUUCAAUCCAGGAGCAUUAUCAUUGCUCUCUUACUUAAUCAAAAAGACAUGAAUCCAGGCACAGGCCUCCAGUUAUAUCUCUGUCAGGUGCCUUUUUAAUGGACGAAAAUGUUUCUGGGAGCACCAGGAGAGGAAGCGAAUUUCCGUCUUUUCCAAAUACCCAAAGACAUAAAGAAGUGAUUUUUUUUUUUUUUUUUGGUUUGUUUGUUUUGUUUUUUUCUAAAAGUAGUAUUGCACUCAAUCCUGAACAAGCGCUGUACUGUACUUUUGUGCAACAGUGAAACCAUGUGAAGCAUGGCAGUCGAGUAAUCCUGCUUAGCCUGCAUUUUACAGCUCUCACCAUCAUGCACUGAACUCCACUUUGUAGAGAGGCCAGGCUUUUGUUUAGAAGGCGCUAUAAACCCAGUUUUCCUUUAAUAGUCUGGUUUGCAGCUAACACAGUAAAGAUGAAGUAUUUGGGUCAUAAUGGGACCGUAAACAUGAAGGAAUUUGAUUGUGCUGUAUAUUAUUAAUUGGCUCUGCGCUGACUGGAAGGUCUCAUCUGUUCAGAAAAACUUCUAGUUUGUGACUGUAAAUGUCAUAAUCACAGCAAGGAAGCAGCACAAUGUGGCACCAGGUGCAAAGGUUGCUCUGGCAUUUUAUCAGAUGGGAAUAAAGCACUAGAGCUGGCAAACCUCUCGUCAUAAUAGAUGUUGGAGCCCCGGGUCAGCUGUGUUUCAGAUUUAUUGGCAUUGCCUCAGGUUUAUCCUAAAAGCACAAAAACUCUGGUUCGAAUUCUGACAGAUAUGAACUAAAAAGACUCCCCAUGAGCAGUCAGAUGAAAGGCCGGACGAAAACGGCAGCUUGGUGUGUAUGAAAGGGGCCAGGCAGGAUAUAGAGAUUAGAGCAGAGACAAACACAGCACCUGAUUGUACUCUCCCACUGCAAUUAUAGCUCCACGCUCUGGGGUGGUAUAAUGGCAUGGAGCCUGCCUCUGUCAGGCAGCCACUCCAUUUCACCACACAGCAGCCUCAUGUAAUGUGAUGGAGAUAACCAUCUCUGUUUGUGCGACGCAUGUCCUUUAAUGGAGUGAAAGAUGUUGUUGUUUCUUCCUUUAUAAAGGAGCAUAUGAAUAGUUACUACUAUCCCUCUCCAACCUCGCAUAAUAGCUGUCUCUCCUUUUUGUCUAUGUGUUUUUGUAUCACUGAGCCUGUCUGGGAGAUUGUUUUGUGCUGCGGCCUCAUUUUGUAUUCUGUGUGUGUGUGUGUGUGUGUAUGUGUGCGCGCGUGCGUGCGUGCGUGUGUGUGGUGUGUGUGUGUUUGUGUGUGUGUGUGUUUGUGUACCUGUGAGAGAAUUGGAAAUUGAGCUGUGUAAUAAGCGCUGUGCUUUUCCAGAUAGGAUUGCUGAAACUUUAACUUCAUCCACAGCAGCUAGACCAAAGAAAAGAAGACUGAUGUUAUUUAAAAUGCGGUCUUUUAUCAGAGGAACACUUCAGAAAACAGUAUGCACUUGAUCAUUGUGACCCUGCUUAUGGUGAUAAUGAAGACAAAGGUGGUGGCUGUUGUGGUUUCAGUCCUUUUUUUUAAAUUACUAUUAUUCACCUUUUUAAUUCUUAGACGAGUUCCCUGAGUAUAUUCCUGUUUGUUAAACCCAUUUGAUUCUGACUGCAUCAUUGUGGGAGGCUUUGAAGUAAAUCCUUUUCUUUAAGUCCUCCAAAACAGUUGACUUUAAUUGUCUUUGGAUGCCAUUUUCUCCAAUCCCUCCACAUCUCAGGGUUAGUUUAAAUCUCUCUCAGUUUAAAAUCCAUGACGAUUGAAAGAUUAGGAACCUCUGCAACAGCCUCACUUAUUUUACUAAAGCUCUCAAAUGAAGCAUACUUUUCACAUUGCAUUUUUACUAUUGUGAAUUGUGAAAUGUUUUUUUUUUUUCACUUAUGUACAUAUGAUUGUUUUUCUGUCUCUAUAUUGUAUCCUGACACAACAAAUAUAAUACAGUUUACUUUUUUUAAAACAAUACAUUUCUUGUCCUUUUUUUUUUUCUCUUGAUCAAGCGCUGAGAGACUUCCCAUUUGUAUGUUGGAUGUUGGUAUUUUCUGGCCAGAUCAGGGGGGUAAUCUGACUAUGUCUGACCUGGAUUUAGUCAGCAAAAUCCCUUCCUCCAUGCUUCCGGCAUUGUUACGAAGCCAUGAAAGCAACCACAAACCCAUCCGACUGACAAAUAAUACAAGUCUGGGUCUUUUUUUUCUUUUUUUUUUCUUUUUCAAAAAGCCCACACAGCGGUCAAAGGUUGA